CGCGAAUCAGUCGCAAAAAAGUGCCCGUCGCCAGAACGCUGAAAAAACAGCAAACAAUUAAGAUAAAUAAAUAGACUCGAGAUAGAAAUAGUGACAGAGUGACAAGAAGCAGCAGCCAAAAGCGAGAGCUGCCACAAAAAUCGAAUUGUUUAAGGGAAAACUAUCAAGGAUAUCGCCGAGAGGAUAACGAAAGCGCUGCCCCGCAAACGUGCGACCCCCUCCAUCAGUCCAUCCAGCCAACUAUCCCCAUCCACACAAUCCAGAUAUCCGCGAAUCCAGGAGCGAACGGUGACGAAAGCAGCACACACAACCGAAACAACACACAACAAACCCAAAACACACACUCCACAAAGAUGUCAUGGAGAUAUGCGCUUCUCACAGACAGAUACAGCAGCAGUAUCGGCGAUAGAUAUAGUCCCCACUAUUAUCAGUCGCCCAGCCGCCUGGAGACCUCCGAACAGACCACAGGACGCCAGCUGCAGCGAGUCCUGCACUACUCGAUGGCUCCUAGCCGGGCACUUCCAGGAUUAAGACGCGCCGAGUGCGCCAUCCACGACGUUGACUGUGAUGAGGUCUAUCCGGGCAUCUACAUUGGUGAUGCUGCGGCGGCCAAGAACAAAACGUAUCUGAGAUUGAUGGGCAUCACCCAUGUGCUGAACGCGGCCGAGGGAUGUCGGUAUGGUCAGGUGGACACUGGACACAGUUACUACCGGGAUAUGCCCAGCAUCAGACGCAGCCAUAAGGAUUGUGUUUUUAGGUACAUGGGCUUCCCCAUGGUCGAUGCCCCAACGACAGACAUCUCGCGCUACUUCUACGUGGCCUCCAAGUUCAUCGACAGCGCCAUCAGCAGCGGCGGCAAGAUCCUGGUCCACUGCCUGGUGGGCAUGUCGCGGUCGGCCACCUGUGUGCUGGCCUACCUGAUGAUCUGCCGGAAGAUGUCGGCGGUGGACGCGAUACGCACGGUGCGGAUGAGGCGCGAUAUCCGGCCGAAUGACGGAUUCCUGCAGCAGCUGGCCGACUUGGACAUGGAGCUCAAGCGCAAGAACCUGUAUCCCUACUAGUUGGAUUCUUGGUGGCACUUGGAGGGAAUGGCCUAAGAGACAACCAAAGAUCCAGGAAGAGAAACCGGGGGGGGUAAUGGCUUCCAUCUUGAGUGGAUCCUGCAACUAACCAAAAGAAACAAGAAAAGAAGAAAAGAAAAAAAAGAAAACAGAUUAUAAUUAUGAAAUGAAAAUUGAAAAAAACGUUGUUCUAAACAAAAAUUUGAAGGCUACAAAAGCUAACGACUUAUAAUGGUAACUUGGUCUUCUGAUAUAUAGAAACUGUUCAUCCCCAAAAACUGUAUAAUCGCGGCAUACCCAUAUUAUAGGACUAAUAUAUACACACAACCAGCCAGAAGGGAAUCAAGUUAUCUACACACUACACACUACACACUACACACACUCUCACUCGAAACACUUAGAGACCUAGAUUGGUAGAGCCACGAUCGAAGCAAUACGAGGCGAUCAACCUAUAUACCUUGCCUAUACCUAGACGUACAGAUUUAUAUACAUGUAUUCCGGACCCACAUCUAUGCGUAUUUUUUCUAAGGCUCUCAUCUGUGUUAACGUUCUGUUUCAUACCAUAUACACCAAUCCCCUAUAACCCAAAUCCUCCAUAUCCCCCUAUAUCUCCUUAUCCCGAUACCCCAAGCAUACAUGCAUGUAGGCAUGGUAUGUCUACAUAUAUAAGAAGAGCUGAAACUAGAGAUCAUGAACAAUGUUCGCGGACACAAACGUAACCAGAUGCAUAUAUAUACUGAUAUAUAACUGUGUAACGGAUAUACAAGCAUGCGUUAUAUACACCUAUACCAUAUAUAUAUAGAUAUAUAUAUAUAUAUAUAUACUAUAUACACCAAGUGUGAACAAUGUAAUAAAACCAAAUUCAUAUUUUCUAGAACAUGUACGAUGUUUAAGAGCAGACGAAACAAAA